AUGGCGGAUGAGAGGAGCCUGAACGGCGAAGCGACUGGGCAUGAGGAUGAGAGUUUCUUCGAUUCCGAUCAACAGGACGACGGCGGGAAUUCGACGGAAUUGAAUCGGAAGAUCGGAGAGCUCGAGUCCCAGAAUCAGGAACUGGCGCGUGACAACGGUGAAAUCAGCCGGAAAAUUGAGAGCCUGACAGCGGAGAUUGAGGAGCUGAGAGGAGCCGAAUCCAAGGCGAGGCGUAAGAUGGGCGAGAUGGAGCGGGAGCUUGACAAGUCUGAUGAGGAGAGGAAGGUUCUAGAGGCCAUAGCUGCGAGAGCCUCGGAGCUCGAGACCGAAGUUGCACGGCUACAGCAUGAACUGGUCACGGCCGAGACGGAAGGGGAAGAGGCUGCGGCGGAGGCGAAGAAGCUCCGGUCUGAGAUUUCACAGAAAGGGGAUGGAAUCGCGGAAUUGGAGAAAGAGGUCGCUGGAUUAAGGAGUGUGAAGGAGGAGAACGAGAAGAGAAUGAAGGAAUUGGAGACGAAGCUUAAUGCUUUGGAGGUGAAGGAGUUAGAGGAGAGGAACAAGAAGGUCCGAUCAGAGGAAGAGAUGAGAGACAAGAUUGACAAUAAGGAAAAAGAGAUGGAUGAGCUGAGAGAGAAGGUCAAAGGUCUGGAAUCUGAUGUAGCAAAAGGGAAAGCAGAGUUGCAGAAGUGGAAAUCAGAGAAGACGGGUUUGGAGGAUGCGUUGAGAGAGUCGGAGAAGAAAGAUGCGGCUAUGGAGUCAGAGAUUGUGGAGCUGGAGAGACAGAUGGAUGAGUCUGAGAAGAUGAUCAGUGGAUUGAAGAAUGUGGUUGAGCCGGUUAAUGGCAUUGAGCUUAAGUCAUGGUCGCCACCGAGUGUGACUGUUGGUUCUGGUGGAGCUACGGCGGCGGCGGUUGCAGUUGCAGUGGCGGGAGCGGCUGUUGUCUUCUACAUCUACCACUCGAAGAGGGUUUGA